UUGAUUCUUUUUCAGAAAAAUGGUGAAUGUAAACUAUAUGUGCAGUUGGGGGGAGCACUCCUCAUACUUUUUCUCCAGAAUAUCAUCACUCAGACAUCGAGAUAUCUUGACAGAUGUUACAAUCACGUGCGAGGAUAAACAAUUUAAGGCCCAUCGUCUUGUUCUUUGUGCCUCAAGCGAGUACUUUAGAAAGAUUCUAGCGUACAGUACAGAUAAAGCUGCCUUCAUCCAUAUGAUGAACGUUUCUCCAAUAUUCAUUCAGAAUAUUUUGCAGUACGUUUACACAGGUCAAAUAGAAAUAUCUCCAGCAGAUAUUGAGCCCUUUCUCAAAGUUGCAAAUGAACUGAAAAUAUGCGGUCUAUCCAAAGAAGAAAGUAAUCCCGAACCUAAAACCAAUCUUCCUGAUCCUGGGCACAGGCUCGGGAAUAUGAGCGGCUUCAGCGAUUCACGACCGGGCAACCUCGACCCCGGCGGUUGUCGACUCAACUUCGGCGAUUCCCAACCGCCUUUGUUUGUAAAAGACCACUUCAUGUCGAAUUUGUCCCAAUAUAUGAAAGUACAAGAACACGAAAGAGCGAAAAUGGAGCCACGAUAUGACAUCGAUACCAACGAGUCUUUAAGCAACAGUUUCUCCAACUCCGACCCUGAAGAGCAGAUCACCAUCGUCCCGGACAUCGUGGACAUGAGCGAGAGUUAUGACAGUAUCAGGGAGGAGAAGGAUAAUGUUGAGCAGAAAGAUACCGUUGAUCUGAAAGGAGAAGAGAGGGUGGAGAAUGAAGAGGCUCAAACUGUGGAUAUUUCAACCUCAAAAAAAUCACCAACGACGUUUAGUAUUGUCAAAUCACUUGCUGUGGACCCUUCUGUUAGCAAACGUCGAGGCAGUACCGAUGAUGAAGGUGGAGAAAGUAAAAGAGGAAAAGUAGAUCUCACCCCCCUUCCAAGGUUUUGCAACGGAGUCGGUGGGAAAACAGGAGAUAACAAACAGUCUCCAUAUUCGACUUUAGCCAACCCUAUGCCACCUCUACACACCCUUAUUCCUCCAGUCCCUCACUCCAUGAACACUCCCUUAAAUCAAUCUAUCAACUCACAACUCUCCUCUCCAAGCAACCUCCUUCGAACCACCACAGCUGUUGAAUCACCAACGAUGCCAUCUGGUUUUAACAACGUUGGAACCAGUUCUACAAUUCAACUGCUUAAUAACCCGAUCCCUAAAUCUGUCCUACAGUUAGCUAAAACCAACGCCCCUUCUCCAAAAUCAGACACUGAGUCAACAAGGACAGUAAGCCCUGUCUCUGGUCUUUAUGUUCCCUAUCUAACUCAUGAGGUGCCUUCUGGAAUUGGCUCUGUCAACUGUAAGAAGGGACACAGUGGAUUACAUUGUCCUCACGUGAUUGUGACGGAGCGUAGCGGUAGAAAACUGCAUUAUCAUCGUCAAGAGUAUCAACGCUGGUUUGACAUGAAGCACAAGCAGAAAUGAUGCUCAACAAACAUUAUAUUAUUGGAUUAUAAAUAUUGUACAUUGAACAAAUGGACUCAUGAGAUUGCUUGUAAACCUUCAUGAUCUCUAUUGUAAAGACUGAUUCAAUUAUACUUAGAAAUUCAUUCAGUAUUGUAUCAAAAAGGAACCCCCGCCUCCCAAUGAACUAAUAUAAAAUGUUCAUUGAAAAAUCUCGUGAUUCAUAGCUUUUGAUAAAGUCAAAAUAAAAUUGUAUACUUAUUGUAAAUUGCCAAAUUGUAACAAAAAGUUUGAUUUUUGGUUUUUAAUUCAACAUUUUUCUAUGUUAUAACCUAAACAGAGGUGUUAUUUUUAGUUGAACAUUAUAUCAAAAUUUUUGAUUACUAAGCUUAGUAAAUAUAAACACAUUGUAAUCUUUAAACCAAUUUCAUUAAUUUUAAACCAAAGCCUACUUUUUCUUAAUACUAUUGUACUAAAAAUAAAUAUUAUCUAAAUUGCUAACUUAUUGUACAUUUGUACAUCGAUACAACCAUAAAGAACAAUUAUAUUUUUAUAUAG